AUGAAGCUCCUGAAGCCGACCUGGGUCAACCACAACGCCAAGCCGAUAUUUUCAGUUGACAUUCAUCCAGAUGGGACCAAGUUUGCAACUGGAGGGCAAGGACAGGAUUCCGGAAAAGUGGUAAUAUGGAAUAUGGGUCCCGUCCUCAAGGAGGAAGACGAAAAGAACGAGAAUGUACCCAAAAUGCUUUGUCAGAUGGACAAUCAUUUAGAUGUCAUGGAUGUGGCGUGGUCCCCUCACGACGCUUGGCUAGCCUCCUGCAGCGUGGACAACACGGUUGUGAUCUGGAAUGCUCUCAAAUUCCCUGAAAUCCUUGCCACUCUGAAAGGCCACUCUGGCCUGGUUAAGGGGCUCACCUGGGACCCCGUUGGGAAAUACAUUGCCUCUCAAGCUGAUGACCGAAGCUUGAAGGUCUGGCGCACGAUGGAUUGGCAGCUAGAAACCAGCAUUACCAAACCUUUUGAUGAAUGUGGAGGCACAACCCACGUGUUGCGCAUCAGCUGGUCUCCCGACGGCCACUACCUGGUCUCGGCUCACGCCAUGAAUAACUCUGGGCCCACCGCCCAGAUCAUUGAAAGGGACGGAUGGAAAACCAACAUGGAUUUUGUCGGGCACCGCAAAGCAGUGACCGUAGUGAAAUUCAAUCCAAAAAUCUUUAAAAAGAAGCAAAAGAAUGGCAGCUCCACCAAACCAAGUUGUCCUUACUGCUGUUGUGCAGUUGGCAGCAAAGACCGAUCUCUUUCUGUCUGGCUGACGUGUCUGAAAAGGCCUUUGGUUGUCAUACAUGAGCUAUUUGACAAGUCCAUCAUGGAUAUUUCAUGGACUCUGAACGGCCUCGGCAUUUUAGUGUGUUCCAUGGACGGGUCCGUGGCCUUUCUGGAUUUUUCCCAAGACGAGCUUGGCGACCCCUUGAGCGAAGAAGAGAAGAGCAACAUCCACCAGUCUACCUAUGGGAAAAGUUUAGCGAUAAUGACGGAGGCCCAUCUCUCGACGGCUAUUAUUGAGAAUCCGGAGAUGCUCAAGUACCAGCAAAGGCAGCAGCAAAUGGAGAAGAAGAACGAGGCCCUCCGAGACGGAAUUGGUCUGGGAGUAGCAGUCACAGCUCCUAAGUUGGCCAGCAUGGUGAAUGGAGAAAGCUUAGAAGACAUUAGAAAGAACCUGUUAAAGAAACAAGUUGAGACGCGGACAGCCGAUGGCCGGCGAAGGAUCACACCGCUCUGCAUAGCUCAGCUGGACACAGGGGAUUUUUCGACCGCCCUCUUUAACAGCAUCCCACUCUCUGGGUCCUUAGCCGGGUCCAUGAUGUCAGCUUCCCAGACCAAUCAGCUCAUAGCGUUAGAUUACAACACGGCCAACUCCCUGGGCACCGCUAAGCCUGCCUUAGAGCCCAUGGCAGCGGCCGCUAAAUCGGCGGAAGACGUAGCCAACAAGGAUGGUGCGAACGCUACCUCGGCUUCAGCUGCUCUCCCAGCCUCUUCGCCCUCGGUGCUGUCCACCUCUUCUAAGAUUGAGCCCAUGAAGGCUUUUGAUUCUCGGUUUACAGAGCGAUCCAAAGCCACCUCAGGGACUUCCCCCGUCUCGCACGCCAAUCAGGUUUCCUUGGACAGACUGAAGGAGCAGAACUCCGUUCGGGAAAGCAAACCCAGGGAUCUCCUAGAGAGUAGCAGCGAUAGCGAAGAAAAACUCGCCGUCAAACCCUUGUCGCUCUCCAAGCGAAAGCUGGACCUUGACGUUGAAAAGAAGAAGAAGGGAAGACCUCGGAAAGACUCCCGGCUGAUGCCUGUCACUUUAACCGUUCAGUCUCCAGCUAUAUUAGCAUCCGAGAAGGAUGGUGUGUGCCACAGUACACCCUUAGCACUUAAACUGCCGACCCCGGUCCUACAGAAGUCAUUUGCUUUACAGGUGAGCUCUGAUCCCUCGAUGUAUAUCGAAGUGGAAAACGAGAUCACGACCGUGGGAGGGUCCAAACUCAGCAGACUGAAAUGCAACCGAGAAGGGAAAGAGUGGGAGACGUUGCUCACCAGCCGAAUUCUCUCCGCGGCGGGAAGCUGCGAGGUGGUGAGUGUGGCUUGUGAAAAGCGGACCCUCUCCGUGUUUUCGGCAUGUGGCCGUCGCCUCCUCCCUCCCAUCGUCCUGCAUUCCCCCAUCUCCACGUUGCACUGUACAGGGUUUUACAUCAUGGCUCUCACCACAGCAGCAACCCUAUCGGUCUGGAACGUGAGGAAGCAGACAGUGGUGGUGAAAGACGAGUCCCUACAAACCAUUUUAGCAGGAAGUGAAACCACCGUCUCUCAAAUCUUGCUGACUCAGCAUGGCAUCCCCCUGAUGAAUAUGUCGGACGGAAAAGCAUAUUGCUUUAAUCCUUCUCUGUCUUCCUGGAACCUUGUCUCUGACAAGCAGGAAAUGUUGGCACAGUGCGCAGACUUCAGGAGCAGUCUACCAUCCCAGGAGGCCAUGCUGUGUUCGGGACCUUUAGCCAUCAUCCAAGGACGAAUGUCUAACUCUGGGCGACAGGCAGCCAAAUUGUUCUCCAUGCCUCAUUUGGUGCAGCAAGAAACUACCACGGCGUACCUGGAGAAUCAGGUGGCCUCUGCCCUGGCUUUACAGUCAAGCCACGAAUAUCGUCACUGGCUGCUUAUCUAUGCACGGUACCUGGUUAAGGAAGGCUUUGAAUAUCGCUUGAGGGAAUUAUGCAAGGAUUUGUUAGGCCCUGUCCAUUCUUCCUCUGGAAGUCAGUGGGAAUCGACCGUCGUGGGCUUACGGAAACGGGACCUGCUCAAGGAACUGAUGCCCGUCAUCGGGCAGAACCUUCGCUUCCAGCGACUUUUCACAGAAUACCAGGAGCAGCUGGACAUUUUGAAAGACAAGUAGCCCCCCCUCCGAGACGUUUCUCCAGCCGAUAGGAGAGCAAGGAAGAAACAAGAGGGUCCGUUGGCAGAAGCUAACCCUGCUGAAAAACGCGGGGCAGGAGCCAAAUCUGGGGGUCUUUUUAACCAGCCUAAAAUGUUGUCGUUUUGAAAAGAAGAUCGCAAGAGGAAAAGCGUGACAAGCUGGGGAAGUGACAGGACGCGUUCCUUGGUUUUUCUCCUGGGAGUUGAGCAUCGCAGCUUACCGCUGUCGGGGCGUGAGAACGGUCUUCAAAGGGGACGGUUGGACUCCAGAUCCGAUGUACCAGAUAUCAGAAAGACACGGUUUUGUGAGCCUUUUGAAUAUCCUUUGAAAAGCACAUUACAAGAAGCUAAACUGAAUGUCAUACAGGCCCUCAUUACUUUACUGAGGACUUUACUGAGGAUUUAAUCUAUUGGGGUGAUGGAAGGAGGAGCCCCCCCCCCAAACAGGAGAUCCUAAAAACUCCUCCAGAAUUAUGCAGCCCACAAACUCUUCAAUUGCGGACAACCAUUAGAAACGAGAGGCUGUUUGAUCACACAAGGGACUAUUUUUAUACUAGAAUUUGCUAACUUGUAAUAUGAGAAUUUUAUUUGGCCAAUAAUCCCACCCUC